GGGCCACUCGAGAGGUUGUGGAUGGGUUAUUAGCAAUUGCGGACGGGUGAACAAACCGCUGAGCCGCGCAUCAUUAAUAGUGACCCAGCCAAAUGCAUGAGCCUGAGCCUUUGUGUCUGUCUAUACAGUGUGGGGACGUGCUUUAUGAGAAACGCCACUAUGAGAAGGCCCACUGGGCGUGCAUCACGGUUCAUGAGGACACCUACAAGCAGAGCAUCUGUUACGGUUUCAUGAAGCUCAUGAGAUGCAUCUGCCAGCAGAACUCCUCAGGUGAGUCCAAAGCAGCCUUUACAGUAGUCAUUGAGUGUUUAUUCUUCGAACGUCAUCCUUGUUUAGCCACAUCUACUGCAGACUCUUGGUUGUUCAUGUCCUGUCCUUAUCUGGGUAUGACCAUCCCUAUCCUGACGGUGAUCCGCACGGACGAGAACCACUCCGUCUUGUCCAGUGACGUCACUGUGGCCUACUACCUGCCCACAGAAUACCAAGCCCUGCCACCGAAGCCUUCUGACACUGAAAUAAGCAUUGAGGAAUGGCCUGCCACUAUUGUAUACACAAGGGCCUUCACUGGUGCUAAGAACGAGGUCACCAUCAUCAACGAGAUUCGCACCAUGGCAGAAGUGCUCGACUCCCCCGCCAUAUGCGUGAAUGGCUCAUUCAUUGUCGCCGGCUACAAACACCCCGCGGCGGUAAACCGACAGAACGAGAUUUGGUUCCUGGAGCAGCCUUGAGGGCCAGCCUAAUCUUGACCUCUCCUCCUGAACUUGACCCACCCAACACCCCGUCCUUAUCUGACCCUACCGAUUCACCCCUGAUGGAAACCCCUUUCCAUUUUAGAGAGAGAAGAGACUUUGGGACUUUGCUGAAAAAGGUCCUUAUUACCAGUUCUGUGAAAGGCUGCAUCAUCUGGGUCCAUUAA